UAUUAAAAAAAAAAAAACUCCUCAAAUUGUCUGCUAAAAUUUAAGAACGAGAUGGGAACACUGGGGAAAGCAAUCUACACCUUUGGGUUCUGGAUCCGAGAAACCGGCCAAGCCCUCGAUCGCCUUGGUUGCCGUCUCCAAGGCAGCUACUACUUCCAAGAACAACUGUCGAGGCAUCGGACGCUGAUGAACGUAUUCGACAAAGCUCCUGCUGUUGAUCGGGAUGUAUUUGUGGCACCUAGCGCUUCUAUCAUCGGCGAUGUUCAGGUCGGACGAGGUUCUUCUAUCUGGUAUGGAUGCGUACUGAGAGGUGAUGUCAAUAGCAUCAGCAUUGGAUCUGGAACAAAUAUCCAAGAUAACUCCCUUGUUCAUGUUGCAAAAUUUAACUUGAGUGGGAAGGUUUUACCAACUAUUAUUGGUAGUAAUGUUACUGUGGGUCAUAGUGCUGUUUUACAUGGAUGCACCGUGGAGGAUGAAGCAUUCGUUGGUAUGGGGGCUACCCUAUUAGAUGGAGUUUAUGUUGAGAAGCAUGCCAUGGUUGCUGCUGGAGCUCUUGUGAGGCAGAACACUAGAAUCCCAUGUGGAGAGGUAUGGGGAGGUAACCCAGCCAGGUUCCUAAGGAAGCUGACUGAAGAAGAGAUGACCUUCAUUUCCCAGUCGGCCUUAAACUAUACCAAUUUAGCACAAGUUCAUGCGGCAGAAAAUGCCAAGAGCUUUGAUGAAAUUGAAUUUGAGAAGGUGCUGCGCAAGAAAUUUGCUCACCGUGAUGAGGAGUAUGAUUCAAUGCUUGGGGUUGUUCGUGAGACACCUCCGGAACUUAUCCUUCCUGAUAACGUUCUCCCUGAUAAACUCCCCAAAACUGCUUAGGAGUCUCAAUAAUUCCUUUCUAGGAUAAUUCUAGAGAUUCAAUGUUAGUAGAUAAUUUUGUUAUGAUCUGAGGAUUUAAAGAAAAUGGGUGUUUCAGUUCCAAUAAUUUUGGGGUAUGGUCUCGCUGAAAUUGAAUCAUAUUGCUGACCCAGGCGCUUGGCUACUGCUAUCUUCUCUGGAUUUAGAAGUUGAACCUGGUAGUUGGUAGAGACUGGCAGGCAACUGGAUGUGCAAGUCAUGUAAGUUAGUCUUGUGUGGUUGUAUUGAACAAUGAGUCGCUUGUUACGUUCACCGGCAAUAAAAAUAAAAGAAAUGGGCUGACAAUAUGCUGUUCGUAAUGAAA